AUGCCGAUGUACGGAGAUCUUGGUAAUAAGCUGGUCAUUCAUGCGAAACGGACACAGGGUCUGGCACAUCUGCCACCCUAUCAGACUGAGCUUGUUCGUGCCGUGACGCGAGAGGUACGGGAUCUUAACCGGGACGUGGAGAGCCUUCUCGAGCCCUUCCAAGGAUCCUUUGAUCCAACCCAGGACCAUGCAACAGCCUGCACGCUGCUGGUCAACCACCUGUCGAUGCGGAGGAACAAGCGCUGUCUGCUUGCCUAUCACCGCACGCGGACCGACAAGUUGGAGGAGAUGGUCUGGAAUGGGGUAGAUGUGGCGGACCUCGCCGGCCCGCAGGCGGGAGGAGGACGGGGAAACGGACCGGGAGGAGCUGCCGAUGGAGGGUCUAGCAGCGGCAGCAACCUCAGUCCGCAGGAGGAGGAUUAUGUUCGGCAGUAUAGUGACUUGCUGGCUGCAUACAAGGGCCAGUGGACGGACAUUGACCUGACCGGGAGCCUUGAGCCGCCGAGGGACUUGUUCAUUGACGUGCGGGUGCUCAAGGAUGCCGGUGAGAUCCAAACCGAGUAUGGGGCGAUCAACCUGACCAAGAACAGCCAAUUCUACGUCCGACAGGGAGAUGUUGAGCGACUGAUCCAGCAAGGCUACCUUCAGAAGCUUGGAUGA